AUGAGAAUCACUCCCAGGGAGGAAGCCAAGCUCCUGUUGCACCAGGCAGGCUUUCUCGCGCAGAAGCGGCUCGCACGCGGCCUGCAACUCAAUCAACCGGAAGCCAUCGCGCUUAUCGCCUCACAGCUGCAGGAGCGCAUCCGCGACGGCAAGCACUCUGUCGCGGAGCUCAUGCAGCACGGGAAGACACUCCUCGGCAGAAGACACGUACUCCCCGGUGUAUCCAGCCUGCUGCACGAAAUCCAGGUGGAGGGCACGUUCCCCGACGGCGUGUUCCUCGUCACGGUGCACGACCCGAUCUGCAAUGACUCUGUUGACCUUUGCAACGCCCUAUACGGUUCCUUCCUGCCCACUCCUCCGGACCAUGCAUUCCCGCAGAUCGACCAUGCUGAGUACGCCCGCGACAAGGCACCUGGUGCGCUCAUUGUCAGGAAGGAACGCAUCGUUCUCAACCGAGGGCGUGAGCGAGUUAAGCUCAAAGUGACGAACAAUGGUGACCGGCCAAUACAAGUAGGCUCACAUUAUCAUUUCAUCGAGACCAACAAGGCGCUGUCCUUCGAUCGAGGCAAGGCUUACGGGAAACGUCUCGAUAUCCCCGCAGGGACGGCAGUCCGCUUCGAGCCAGGCGACACCAAACAUGUCACGCUAUGUUCGAUCGCAGGUGCACAAAUCAUUUCUGGCGGCAACGGCCUCGCCUCAGGCGUCUUCAGUCUUUUACGAACCGACGAGAUCGUGCGGAACCUCGUGGACAGAGGCUUCGGGCACACACCGCAACCGGGUGCAUUAGAAGUUACGGUGGACACGGAGAUGAGCCGACAGGCAUAUGUAGCAAUGUUCGGUCCCACUGUCGGAGAUCGGGUCAGGCUCGGUGACACCGCUCUCUGGAUCGAAGUCGAGCGCGACGAGACCGUGUACGGAGAUGAGGCUAAAUUUGGUGGAGGGAAAACUAUCAGAGAGGGGAUGGGCCAGGCAACCAACCGAUCCGAGAAGGAGACGUUGGAUCUAGUCAUCACCAACGCAUUGGUUGUGGAUUGGAGCGGAAUCUACAAGGCGGACAUCGGCGUUAAGUACGGUAAGAUCGUGGGCAUAGGCAAAGCCGGAAACCCCGAUGUCAUGGCGAAUGUGCACCCUGACCUCAUCAUCGGUUCCGCGACGGAGGUCAUCGCAGGCGAGAAGCUGAUCGUGACCGCGGGGGCGGUGGACGCACACGUCCACUACAUCUGCCCGCAGCAAGUAACAGAGGCGCUCGCGUCAGGCGUCACGACGAUGAUCGGGGGCGGGACGGGCCCGAGCGCGGGCACAAACGCGACGACGUGCACAUCAAGCCCAUUCUACAUGCGGCACAUGCUCGCCGCGACCGACACACUGCCAAUGAACUUCGCGUUCACAGGAAAGGGCAAUGAUUCGGGGACGCGUGCGCUCGAGGAGAUCAUCAUCGCGGGCGCCGCCGGGCUGAAGCUGCACGAAGACUGGGGCUCGACGCCUUCCGCGAUCACGAACUGUCUGGAUGUAGGUGACAAGUAUGAUGUGCAGAUCAAUAUUCACACAGACACACUGAAUGAGAGUGGGUUCGUGGAAAGUACCAUUGAGGCCUUUGGGGACCGCCCGAUCCACACAUAUCAUACCGAAGGCGCUGGCGGUGGUCACGCACCUGAUAUCAUCGUCGUCUGUGGGCUUGAGAAAGUGCUUCCCUCGUCAACAAAUCCCACACGGCCAUACACUAAUAAUACACUGGAAGAGCAUCUCGACAUGCUUAUGGUUUGCCAUCACUUGGACAAAUGUAUUCCCGAAGAUCUCGCUUUUGCAGAAUCCCGUAUCCGUGCGGAGACCGUGGCAGCCGAAGAUGUUCUGCACGACAUAGGGGCCAUUUCCAUGAUCAGUUCCGACUCGCAAGCCAUGGGCAGGGUGGGCGAGGUCAUUAGCCGGACAUGGCGAACAGCAAGCAAGAUGCGUGAGUCCCGUGGUCCUCUGAUAUUGCUAGGCGACGCGCCAGGAAGAGAUAACUCGCGCGUUAAGCGGUAUAUUUCUAAAUACACCAUCAAUCCUGCAAUUACCCACGGCAUGAGCCAUCUCAUCGGACAGAUUGCGGUAGAUAGCCUCGCGGAUCUUGUCCUGUGGAAGCCGGAGAACUUCGGGUCAAAACCCGAAAUGAUACUAAAGUCGGGAGUUAUCGCAUGGGCUCAGAUGGGUGAUGCCAACGCCUCCAUUCCCACUGUACAGCCGUUCAUCGGCAGGCCAAUGUGGGGAUCCCAUGCAAUGUCUGCGGCACUCAACUCGGUAGCGUUCGUCUCGGGCAUCUCGAUUGAGUCUGGGACUGUGCAGAAAUAUGGACUGAACAAGCGCUGCGAAGCGGUCAAAAAUUGCCGCAAUGUGACCAAGAAAGACAUGAGGUGGAAUUUCGCCACGCCGAAAAUGACUGUCGACCCGGAGAGUUACGAAGUUAGAGCAGACGGGGUUCUUAUGGACAUAGAACCUGCGGAACGUCUUCCAUUAGCGCGGGCGUACAAUAUCUUCUGA